UUUUGGUCUUUGGACCCGUCUUUUAAAUGGGAUCUUUGGAGUUCUUUAUUUCCAGUGCAGCGCGCGUGAGCCAUUUCACCUGCGCGCGACACCUGUUCCGCUAGCUAUAAAUAUUAUCAAUAGAUAUGAAAGGUGUAGGGAGGUAUUAUUUCAUUUAAGUUCGUGGGAAUAAGCAGCAGACCUUGCUGAAGUCGUUGACAUGGACGCGGCAUCGAAAGAUGGGGCCGGCUUGGCCGGGUCUGACCCCAGCAAGACAGACACACUCAACUCAACAGGUUCUGCAGGGCAAAGGAGAGCUGGAGGAGCCAAGAAGCACACACAAGCUAACAAAUCGGCCCUGCGUGCUCCGAGAGCUCUGUGCUGCCUCACUCUCAGCAAUCCUAUACGCAUGGCAGCACUGGCCCUAGUGGAGUGGAAAUAUCCUUUUACCCAAUGUCCCUUUGAUAUAUUCAUUUUACUGGCCAUCUUUGCAAACUGUGUUGCCCUUGGUGUGUCCAAACCAUUUCCUGAAGAUGAUUCCAAUGCCACCAAUCACAAUCUGGAACAAGUGGAGUAUGUGUUUCUGGUCAUUUUCACCAUUGAAACAUUCACAAAGAUUCUCGCAUAUGGUCUGGUCAUGCAUCCCAGCGCCUACAUCCGCAGCGGGUGGAACUUGCUGGAUUUUGUCAUUGUCAUUGUAGGUCUUUUCAGUGUAAUAGCUGAAAUGGGAGAGCACAAACCAGGAGAGGCCCAUCACGCAGCAGGCAAACCAGGUGGUCUGGAUGUCAAAGCCCUGAGAGCCUUCAGAGUACUGCGACCCCUGCGCUUGGUUUCCGGUGUGCCGAGUCUGCAGAUUGUGUUGAACUCCAUCAUGAAGGCCAUGGUGCCUCUGCUCCACAUCGGUCUGCUGGUCAUGUUUGUCAUCAUCAUUUAUGCCAUCAUUGGGCUGGAGCUCUUCAUAGGCAGAAUGCACAAGACCUGCUACUAUGUAGGGACAGAGCUAAUGGUGGACGAUGAUCCAACACCAUGUGCUUUUGCCGGUAACGGUCGCUUCUGCGUGGGGAAUAACACAGUGUGUCGGGGAGGAUGGGAGGGACCCAAUGGAGGCAUCACCAACUUUGACAAUAUCUUCUUCGCCAUGCUCACUGUGUUCCAGUGUAUUACUAUGGAGGGCUGGACUGAUGUGCUCUACUGGAUGAAUGAUUCCAUUGGGUUUGAGCUGCCUUGGGUUUAUUUUGUGUCUCUGGUCAUUUUUGGGUCUUUCUUUGUCCUCAAUCUUGUGUUGGGUGUAUUGAGCGGUGAGUUCUCUAAAGAGAGAGAGAAGGCUGUGUGUCGUGGUGAGCUGCAGAAGGCCCAGGAGAAACAACAGAUGGAGGAGGACAUGAUCGGCUACAUGGACUGGCUCAUUGAAGCAGAGGACAUGGAUGAGGAUGGAAAUAAACGUAAUAUAAGCUUUAUUUAGCAUUCCGUUCACAUUAUGAUCACACUGUUAAAAUAUACACAGCUGUACCACUUGAAUCUGGUCAUUAGAAAAAACUGCCGUGUGGCCGUCAAAUCCACCAAUUUCUAUUGGCUGGUGCUACUGCUGGUGUUCCUCAACACUGCCGCCAGUGCCUCUGAACACUACGGCCAGCCCAAGUGGCUCACUGAUAUACAGGAACGAGCAAAUAAGAUCCUUCUGGCUCUGUUUACACUGGAGAUGCUGAUGAAGAUCUACAGCUUUGGCUUUCAGAUCUACUUCAUGGCACUUUUUAAUCGUUUUGAUUGUUUCGUGGUGUGUGGUGGAAUUCUGGAGACGGUGCUGGUGGAGAUGGACAUAAUCCCACCCAUCGGAAUCUCUGUGCUGCGCUGCGUCCGUCUGCUCCGUAUCUUCAAAGUCACAAGACACUGGGCUGCCCUUUCAGACUUGGUGGGCUCUUUGCUGAAUUCAAUGAAGGCCAUUUGCUCCCUGCUGCUCCUGCUCUUCCUCUUCCUCAUCAUCUUCGCUCUCCUGGGCAUGCAGCUCUUUGGUGGAAAGUUCAACUUUGAUGAAACUCAAAUGAAAAGAAGCACCUUCGACACUUUUCCAUCUGCCCUGCUCACCUGUUUCCAGAUCCUAACAGGAGAGGACUGGAAUUCUGUCAUGUAUGAUGGCAUCAUGGCGUAUGGUGGACCAGUGUUUCCUAAUAUGAUUGUCUGUAUUUACUUUGUCAUUCUUUUCGUCUGUGGUAACUACAUCUUGCUGAAUGUCUUCUUGGCUAUCGCUGUGGACAACUUAGCCGGAGACGGUGGCAAAAAGAAAAAAGAAGAGAAAAAAGAAGACGAGGAGGAAUGGGAAGAUGAUGAAGAAAGAGAGGAAGACGAAGCUGGUAAUGAUAUGGACGAUUGGGAAGAGCAUGAAGAGUUGAGAGCAAUUGAAGGACUUGAGGGUAUAGGCACUCCCAUGAAAGUAGAAAGUUUUCAACCCAAAGAGAAAAUUGUACCUAUUCCUGAUGGAAGUUCCUUUUUCAUACUUGGAAAGAAAAACUGUCUCAGAGUUGCCUGCCACAACCUUAUUCAUCAUCACUACUUCACCAACAUCAUCCUCGUCUUCAUCAUACUGAGUAGUUUUUCAUUGGCAGCUGAAGACCCAAUCAAAACUCAUUCUGUCAGGAACGUUAUGCUGGGCUAUGCUGAUUAUGUCUUUACCACCGUCUUCACUAUUGAGAUCAUGUUAAAGAUGACUGUGUAUGGAGCUUUCCUUCAUCAAGGUUCCUUCUGCAGAAACGCCUUUAACCUUCUGGACCUUCUGGUCGUCAGCGUGUCCCUCACCUCUUUCUUCUUGCAUUCGAGUGCCAUUUCUGUGGUAAAGAUUCUUAGAGUUUUGCGAGUGCUCAGGCCUCUUCGAGCCAUCAACAGGGCAAAGGGACUCAAGAGUGUGAUUCAGUGUGUGUUUGUGGCCAUCCGCACGAUUGGCAACAUCCUCAUCGUCACCACCCUCCUCCAGUUCAUGUUUGCUUGUAUUGGUGUGCAGCUUUUCAAGGGCCGGUUCUACAGAUGCACUGAUGAGGCGAAACAUACACCUGAAGAGUGCAAAGGCACUUUUGUGGUGUUCAAAGAUGGUGAUAUGAACCAUCCAAUGGUGAGGGAGAGAGUUUGGGAGAACAGCGACUUUAACUUUGACAAUGUGCUGAUGGGCAUGCUUGCACUAUUCACCGUCUCUACGUUUGAGGGCUGGCCACAGCUCUUGUACAAAGCCAUUGAUGCUAAUGCAGAGAACAGAGGACCCAUCUAUAACUACCGUGUAGAGAUUUCCAUCUUCUUCAUCAUCUACAUCAUCAUCAUCGCCUUCUUCAUGAUGAACAUCUUUGUGGGUUUUGUCAUCAUCACCUUCCGUGAACAAGGAGAGGCUGAGUUUAAAAACUGUGAACUAAACAAAAAUCAGCGACAAUGUGUGUAUUACGCAUUGAAAGCUCAGCCAAUAAAGAUUUACAUACCCAAAAACCCCUCUCAACUCAAAUUUUGGAGGAUCAUCAAUUCCUCUCAGUUUGAGUACAUCAUGUUUGUGCUCAUUCUGCUCAACACGCUUACACUGGCUGUACAGCACUAUGAGCAGUCCAAACUCUUCAACUUUGUUAUGGACAUUCUGAACAUGAUCUUCACUACGCUCUUUACUGUUGAGAUGAUCGUCAAACUUCUGGCUCUAAGACCUUACCACUAUUUUAUAGAUGCCUGGAACUCCUUUGAUGCGCUUAUAGUGGUGGGCAGUUUGGUGGACAUCAUGAUUGCAGAGUUCAGUGGUGGAGGAGGCCAUGGUGAGGGGAAAGAUGGGGAGAGCGCCAAAGUGUCCAUCACUUUUUUCCGUCUUUUCCGAGUUAUGCGACUAGUCAAGCUGCUCAGUAAGGGUGAAGGCAUUCGAACCCUCCUUUGGACCUUCAUUAAAUCUCUACAGGCACUGCCAUAUGUCGGCCUACUCAUUGCGAUGAUCUUUUUCAUCUAUGGUGUGAUUGGAAUGCAGACAUUUGGGAAGAUAGCUAUAGACGACAACACUGAGCUCAGUCGGAACAACAAUUUCCAAACCUUUUUCAUGGCUGUACUGCUGCUUUUCAGAUGUGCAACAGGUGAACAGUGGCAGCAGAUCAUGCUUGCGGCACUGCCAGGGCGUCGUUGUGACCCAGAGUCUGACAUUGAGCCAGGAGAGGAGUACAGUUGCGGAAGCAACCUGGCGUACCUCUAUUUCAUCAGUUUCUUUGCACUCUGUGCCUUCCUGAUCAUUAACUUGUUCAUCGCUGUCAUCAUGGAUAACUUUGAGUAUCUGACCAGAGACUGGACUGUGCUAGGCACUCAUCACCUCGAUGAGUUUAAACGAGUCUGGUCAGAUUAUGACCCAGAAGCCACGGGAAGGAUUAAACAUCUAGAUGUAGUCACCAUGUUGCGCAGAAUUCAGCCUCCGCUGGGCUUUGGAAAACUCUGUCCACAUCGAGUAGCGUGUAGGAGACUAGUUGCUAUGAAUGUCCCUCUCCAUCCUGACGGCACUGUGUCCUUUAACGCCACCCUGUUUGCUCUCGUCAGAACUUCACUCAAGAUUAAAACAGAUGGCCCCAUUGACCAGCAGAACGAGGAGCUGAGAGCUAUCAUUAAAAAGAUCUGGAAACGCACCAAACCCAAACUCCUGGAUGAAGUUAUACCUCCCCCUGCAGGGAACGAGGUGACUGCAGGAAAGUUCUAUGCCAGCUUCCUGAUUCAGGACUAUUUUAAAAAGUUUCGUAAGCGAAAGGAGAAAGAGAGGAAGAAGAAAGGCAAGGACAAGUCAGCCUCUCUCCAGGCUGGGUUACGAACACUACAGGAUUUGGCCCCAGAGAUGCGUCUGGCUAUGGCGAUGGAGGAUGAAGAAGGUCUGGAGGGGGACAUGAUAGAAGAUGACGAGUUCUUCAGGAGUGACAGUGUCUUCAGUGAUGCUCCUCCCACAUCGGUUAUGUCCACUCCCAGAAGUACCCCUAUGCCCCCCCAUCUGGACGAGACCACAGUGAGCAUUGAGCUUCCUCCUAGAAUACGCAAUGGGAGCUUAAUGCUCGAGGAGGCCCUGGUGGACUCCCGUCCGGUCUCCGCCCUAUCCGAAAACGAAGUGAUAGUUGAUCAGCCUCAGAGGUUGUCUCCCCUGCCCAGCAGGUGGGCCUCCAGUCACAGCAAACUCACCCCACUGUGGAUGCUGAAUACCAACCCAAGGAAUGAUACAACUAGAGUUUGUGACUAUAUUCCUUCCCCAUCUCCGGAUGGAGGAAUGCAAAAUGGAGGAGUCACAGAAGGGGUCGUCAUUCCACAAGGAGAUGGAGGACCAGUCACAGGAGGAGCCAUGGAAGGAGUCACAGGUGGAGGUGAAGGAGUCACAGGAGGAGGUGUAGGAGUCACAGGAGGAGCAGUCAUAGGAGGAGGAGUUACAGAGAUGGCAUACACUGCAGAGCAAGCUGCUGUCAGCAAGGAGGACCCUCAGAAUGCUGUCUCACAUGAUAUACAGUGGUUUCCUGAGGUUCCUCCGGCACAAACUGCAGCACCUACUGGGAGCAGUGAAUGUGUGGCCCCAGUUCAGCCCAUUGACAAUAACAGCAAUAGUUACCAAGGCAACAGCCAAGAUGCUGGUGGCUAUAAUGGCAAUGGAUACCCUGGAAAUGGCUACAAUGGGAAUGGUACCAAUGGGACUGGUUAUCCAGGCAAUCGUUACUCCAGCAAUGGCUAUAGCAGCAAUGGCUACACUGGUAAUGGUUAUCACAGUAAUGGAUACAAUGGUAAUGGAUACAACAGCAAUGAAUACAGUGCAAAUGGUUUCGCUGCACGGCGACGCAUGCUUCCCCCAACUCCCUUAGGCCGAAAGCCAAACUUUAACAUCCAGUGUUUGAGAAGGCAGGGCAGCAAUGAGGAUCUCCCGAUUCCAGGCACAUACCAUCAAAAUUCCCCACCCUGUAGGGCAAGAAUGCAGACACACAACAGCUACGACUCACGGCGGAGCAGCAUUUCAUCUGGGGUUUCUUCUGCCUCCUGGGUUAACAACCAGGCCAGACGGGGUCGUCUCCUCUACGCCCCCCUCAUUCUAGUGAACGAGGUGGGGGGCACUCAGGCAAUGUGGGGUGACACCAAUGGCAGCUCCAGCCUGCCAGCGUCGGCCCGUCCCGGGUGGAUUGGCAGUGGAAUGGCAGGUGUAGCCCAGCAGCCUCGGGCGUACACGACUCUCAGAGUACCCUCCCAACACAGCCCCGGAUACAUAGAGAAGGGAAGCGCUGACAGCCUCGUGGAGUCGAUCCUGAUCUCUGAAGGCUUGGGUCUAUAUGCAAAAGACCCCAAAUUUGUUGACUUUGCAAAACGCGAAAUUGCAGAUGCCUGUCACAUGACUAUUGACGAAAUGGAGAGCGCUGCAACUGACCUUCUAAGUCAAGGAAGAGCAGGGCAACCAAUUGGGCGCUUCGAGGAGGAUCUGUCUGAUGAGAUGAACUGUGUUAUAUCAUACUAAAUGGGUUUCAGUUUGUUGGGGAAAGCUGAACAUAAAUUGUGAGUGUGAUUGUGAUGUUCUCUGCUCACAAAUGCAAAUACAUUCACCUCUUCAUAACUCAGUUAAUUAUAUUCAAUUCCUUCAGUAGAUAAGGAACUUGUGGUGACCACAAUGACCUGUAUAUCCCAAUUGCUUUGCACAUAAAUUUAGUAAGAGCCUAACCAGACCACAAGAUGAGCUAUAGUAGUCUAUGAUUACAAGUCCUGAAGCAAUUUCAGAAGAGACCGACUUUGUAAGAUCAAAGUCAACAUCUAAAUUUGGUAAAAGGUUUGGUAAAACUUGCCCAUUUAUAAUGAAAGUAUUUGUGCUUGUGGAAGUCUUCAUUUUUCAUAAGAUUAAUUAGCCUAAUAAAAAAAGAACCAAUAUCUUUUCAUAUGACUGGAUCGCACAAACCUACAGGGAAAGUUACUAUUUUUAAAUGUUAAUAACGGUUACAAUUAUAAAUUUAUGGGCUCAUGUACUUCUCAGCACAAAUCCAAAUGUUUUCAUGGUUGUGAUGUAACAUUUAAUUGCAAACCUAUUUAUUUUGUAAACAAAGCUUUGUGCUUCA